GCAUUGAUUCUGCCGUAUUUUAAGCGAUGAGUACCCUCUGUGUAUUGUUGACUUCUUGAACUAAUUAUAAUUCAGUCUUAUUACUACUUCUCUCAUCUCUCUGAAGACGAAGGAGAAGAGAGAGAGAGAGAAGAUGCUGAGGAUAAGAUCAAGGAUCAUCUUCAUUUCUGGAUCAUUGCUUCGUCAAACCUCCAAUAACAAGUUUUCUACCCACUCAGAAAGGAAACUAGAAGGGAAGGUAGCAAUGAUCACAGGUGCUGCAAGUGGCAUAGGAAAAGAAACCGCCGCUAAAUUCAUCAGCCAUGGUGCCAAGGUGAUAAUAGCUGAUAUACAAAGGCGGCUCGGCCAAGAAACGGCAAGUGAGCUCGGACUAAACGCCACGUUUGUGCCAUGCGACGUCACAAAAGAAUCUGACAUUUCCGACGUUGUGGAUUUUGCCGUUUCCAAACAUGGACAACUCGACAUAAUGUACAACAAUGCAGGGAUAGCAUGCCGAACUCCGCUGAGCGUAGUGGACCUUGACCUUGCCCGAUUCGACCAAGUCAUGGCCAUCAAUAUCCGAGGCGUAGUGGCGGGGAUCAAGCACGCCGCUCGGGUGAUGAUCCCACGGGGAAGUGGUUGCAUUUUGUGCACGGGCAGCGUGACCGGUGUGAUGGGAGGGCUAGCACAGCCUACUUAUUCAACGACCAAAUCAUGCGUAAUAGGAAUUGUGAGGUCCAUUACAGGGGAGCUGUGCAAGAAUGGAAUAAGAAUCAAUUGCAUAUCUCCAUUUGCCAUUCCAACAGCCUUUUCGUUGGACGAGAUGAAAGGCUACUUCCCAGGGCUGGAACCUGAGGAUCUUACUAAAAUUUUACACGGUGCUAGUGAGCUCAAAGGAGCAUAUUGUGAGCCCAUUGAUGUAGCCAAUGCUGCUCUUUUCUUGGCUAGUGAAGAUGCCAAGUUUAUUAGUGGCCAAAAUCUCGUGGUAGAUGGUGGUUUCACCUCGUUUAAAAGUUUAAACUUAUCCCAUCUAGUACAAUAACGUUCCGUACAAAUUUAUAUUUAAUAUGCAACUUGAUUCUUUCUAGAAUCACUUUUCAAA